AUGUCUAAUACUUAUCAACAUGGUUAUGGUUAUGCUCAAUUUUUUGGCCCUGAACCACAACUUGUUUAUUGUCCAACCUGCAAACAAAAUAAAAAAACUAAACUCGAAUUUGUUACGGAUACUUAUGCGUAUUGUUUUAUCAUAGCAAUUGCUGGACUUGUCAUUUGCUCUCUUUCGCCACUUUCACUUUAUUGUGAAGAUUGUAAAAAUGUAGAACAUUAUUGUAGUGUUUGUGAUACUUAUAUUGGCAAACAUGUACGUGACGGUCGAAGGCCUAUAGUUAUACUACCACCAGAAUUAUAUAAAAAUCUACCAAACAGACAAUAA